AUGGUCCCCCAAUCCAUCCUCCUCCUCGCAGCAACCUCUGGUCUUGCACUAGCAGCCCCCCUCUCCCCCCGCGGCAACCUCCCCGAACCCGUCUCCGCCGCAACAGCAAUCCAAUACCUGUCCUCCAUAAAAGUAGCCGCCGAAUCCAACACCCCAGCUUACGACCGCGACCUCUUCAAACAUUGGAUCACCAUUUCCGGCGAAUGCAACACCCGCGAGACAGUACUCAAACGCGAUGGCUCUGAUGUUGUGACUUCCUCUUCUUGUGCUGCUACUUCAGGCUCUUGGUAUUCUGAUUACGAUGGCAAGACAUGGACGCAAGCUUCGGAUUUGGAUAUUGAUCAUUUGGUGCCGUUGAAGGAGGCCUGGGUUUCUGGGGCCAAGGAUUGGACGAAUGAGAGGAGAGAGCAGUUUGCUAAUGAUCUUACUCGUCCUCAAUUGCUGGCUGUUACGGAUAGCCUUAACCAGGCAAAGGGCGAUCAGGAUCUUGCAGAGUGGCUGCCGCCGAGAGUCGCGUAUCAAUGCGAAUAUGUUCGUGCUUGGGUGCAGGUCAAGUACUACUAUGGCUUGACCAUGGAUAGUGCAGAGAAGGCUGCCGCAAGCAAGGUGCUCACCGGAUGUUAG